UAAAAACAUGGCCCAAACCCAGUGAACUCUACCUAGAACUGAGCAGGAAGCAGAAGUAUUCAAAGUCGAGCAGCAGGUUUUAAGAGACGUGCACACUAGGAUGAUCAAGGAGGUUAUAGUGUAUAAGUCUAAAGCUGAAGUGGAUGAGCAUAAGAGCUAUAUUGGAAUGUGACAAUAUCCGACGAAUGUGCUUUUUCCAAAGAAUUUUGGUUUAUUUCUGAGCAUUAGCGAGUGUUCAUUGAAGAUUAGGAGAAGUAAGGAGUUGUUAGAUAUUGCAAAGAGAGGAGGCCUGGCUGAUCUUUCGAUUACUUGGAGUGAUACAGAAAUUGAAGGAGGGAGUUAUAAGUUUUUAAGAACUGUAAUUCCAGUUAUUCCAAAAAUCACAAAAUCAUUAUGGAUAAGCCACUUCUACCUCACAGAACAAAAAACUACAAAAAUCCUGAUCAGCUGCAGACAAUUGCCCGAAAUUACACUCUGGAAAUGAAUGAUAGACCCUAUAUCAAAGUCCUAUAAUCUAAACCUCAGGAGCUCCUUAGCCAAGAUAUGUUUCAUUCACUGCUCAAGCCCAGAGAGAAGGCAGACUGCCAAUUAUUUGAUGUUGAAGAGUAUUAUACGGUUUCUGUCAGAAGUGUCACUUAGAGAAGGACUGAAGGAGAUCGUGACUGAUACUGAAUUUGAUAAGGAUGAAAUGGACGAGUUGGAUAAAGAGUUUAGGAAAGGAGGAAAGAAAGGAUGUAUUAAGUAUGAGUUUUAAG